GGCACACGGUGACGUAAAAGUCCGCGCGACAAUCCGGCUGCGGGGUCCACGCGCAGCGCUGUUCCCCGGUUAGCCUAGCCCUCACCUAUCCGAGUUUCACCAGGCAUCAUGGUGAAAUCCGGAAAACUUCGGUCUGGGACCGCACAGAAACUGAAGCGAUGGAAAAAAGGACACAGCAGCGACUCCAACCCGCAGAUCAGCCGACAUCGUCAGGCAGCGAGAAGCCGGUUCUUCAGCCGUCCGACUGAAAACAGCAAUUUGACUGUGGACGCGCUCAAGCUCCACAAUGAGCUUCAGACGGGAACUCUGGAGAAGGCGGAGCCUGACUUGGGAGACGCCUGUUCCAUAGAAGAACCAGCUUUGUCAGAGCGCACCUCUGGGACCUUCCUGAGUGGCCUGUCUGACUGUUCCAACCUCACCUUCCACAAGGUCCAACGUUUCUGGGAGUCCAACUCGGCGGCGCAUAAAGAGAUUUGUGCGGUUCUGGCAGCAGUCACAGAGGUUAUACGUUCCCAGGGCGGGAAGGAAACGGAGACGGAGUAUUUUGCUGCUCUGAUGACCACCCUGGAGGCUGUGGAUACCAGUGAGUCUCUGGCUGCAGUGUCGUACCUGCUGAACAUGGUCCUGAAAAGAGUGCCGAGUCCAGUGCUGAUGAAGAGGUUUUCCGAUACGGCCAAGGUCUUCAUGAACGUGAUAUCUUCCCAGGCUAAUGCAGAUUCGUCCUCAGCCCUGCGCUGGAUGCUGUCCUGUAUGGCCACCUUGCUGCGGAAACAGGACCUCUCCGUCUGGGCUUAUCCUUCCACCAUGCAGAUCUACCAUGGUGUACUGAGCUUCACUGUGCACUCCAAACCUAAGGUGCGUAAGGCUGCGCAGCACGGUGUGUGCGCCAUCCUGAAGGGGAGUGACUUCCUGUUCAAAGACUCCGCCCCCUCGCAUCACCCUGCGGCCGCGAACACGGCCAAGUUCUGCAUUAAAGAGAUAGAGGAGGCAGGAGGCAGUAAAGAGGACACCACCACACUGCAUGUGCUGGGCCUGCUGAAGGACAUUGUGACUGGGUUUCCGGUCAGUGCUGUGAAGCAGUGCUGUGAGACGCUACUUCGUGUGAUGACGCUCAGUCAUGUGCUGGUGACAGCGGCAGCGAUGCAGACCUUCCACAGCCUCUUCAGCGGGAAACCCCACCCCUCAACGAUGACUGCGGAGCUCAACGGGCAGAUCAUCACGGCCCUGUAUGAUUACCUUCCCAGUGAGAAUGACCUCCAGCCUCUCCUGGCCUGGCUGGCUGUUAUGGAAAAGGCCCACGUUCACCUGUGCAGUUUGCAAAACCAGCUGUGUUUAGGCCAUUUGCCCCGCCUCUUCUCCACGGCCAUGUCCUGUCUCCUGUCACCUCAUUCGCAGGUCAUCUCUACGGCAACGCAGAUGUUGAAGACCCUGCUGAUGGAAUGUGUUGCUCCAUAUAUGGAGGGCAUUGGCUCGGUUAUGUUUGCCUCUGCCACCGGCGACGCCUCCUACAUCUGCAAGAUGUUUCGCGUGGUGGAGGAGGGCCUCAGCUAUCGUUUCCAUGCCUCCUGGCCGUUUGUUCUCCAGAUCCUUGGCUGCUUCUAUAGGGUUGCUGGGAAACAGGCACAUCCCAUCAUGACAAAGAGCCUGCAGUCCCUGAGUGAGUUGCGGGUCACACCUCGCUUCCCUUAUUGCGGGGAGCUGGACCUGGCUGUAGGGGGUGCUGUGGAGAGCAUGGGGCCAGAGGUGGUGCUGAGGGCGGUGCCCCUGCAGAUCACAGGCACUGAUGACGACCUGGACUUUCCCCGGAGCUGGCUGGUGCCUGUGAUCCGUGACCAUGUGAAAGGGACCCAGCUGGCCUACUUCAGCUCCUAUUUCAUGCCUCUGGCCGCCACACUCAGACAGAGAGCUGAGGAGCUUGAACAGGCCAACCACAAACUGGAGGCCAAAGUCUACCAGACUCUGCAGCUGCAGAUUUGGACCAUGCUGCCUGGGUUCUGUACAGAGCCCACAGACCUGGUGCCCUCCUUCAGAGGCAUGGCGAGGGCACUGGGCAUGGCUAUCAACGAGAGGCCCGACAUCCGGCCUACCAUAUGUCAGGCACUGCGGACCCUCAUCAGCAAGAGCUGCCACACAGAGGAAGAAAAGGCCGAAGUUACUCGCUUUGCAAAGAACUUCCUGCCAAUUCUAUUCAAUGUGUAUAGCCAACAGCCCAGCCCAGGCGAGACGGCACCCCCCCGCAUGGCUGUCCUGGAGACCAUCAAGGUCUUCCUGACCAUCACUGACCAGCCCCAGAUGGUCUGCGCAUUUCUGCAGAAAGCCAGCGAGAAGGUCGUCAGCCCUGAUAGCACCGAAUAUACCAGGCUGUCUGUGAUGGACCUGGUAGUGGUCAUGGCGCCUUAUGUUGACGAGUCUACAAUGAGCGGCACAUAUGAGCUCAUCAGGCCCUAUUUGGAGAGUAAGGAGGCAGGGAUGCAGAAGAAGGCCUAUCGUGUCCUGGAGGAGAUGUGUGGGGGCAGCAGCAUGGCCUGCCGCAACUUUGUGCUGGCCAACCUAGAACAACUGCAGAGGGCGCUGUUGGAUUCUCUGAAGAGCGCAGCCUCGCCUGCCAAGAGGCCCAGACUGAAGUGCCUGAUCCACAUAGUGAAGCAGCUGAGUGCAGAGCAUUGCGACUUCAUUGCCGCCCUCCUGCCCGAGGUCAUCAUCUGUACCAAGGAGGUAUCAGUUGGGGCCCGUAAGAAUGCCUACACCCUGCUGGUGGAGAUCGGCCGGCUCUUCGUUAAGUUCUGCGAUACUUCUAAAGAGGCCAUACAGCAGUACCUGGGUCUGGUCUAUGCUGGCCUGACAGGCUCAGUCACCAUGAUCAGCUGCACAGUCCUGGCACUGACCCGACUGGUGUUUGAGUUUAAAGAUAACAUGGAGGUAUCUGUCAUGGAGGGGCUGCUACACAACAUCUGCCUACUGCUCACUUCCAGGACCCGGGAGAUAGUGAAGGCGGCGCUGGGCUUCAUCAAGGUCGUCCUCUUCAUCAUGGAUGUCAAGGUCCUGGCUGGCCACGUGUCCACUAUGAUGGAGGCAAUUGGGAACAUCAAAGAUGACACCAGGCGUCAUUUCCGGACGAAGCUAAAGAACAUUUUCACCAAAUUCAUCCGCAAGUUUGGGUACGAGCUGGUGAAGAACAUGCUGCCUGUGGAGCACCACAAGGUGCUGGCUAACAUACGCAAGGCGGAGGCUCGGGUUAAGAGGAGGCGACUGCUGCUGAAGGCUGAGGUGGAGGGGUCAGACAGUGAGGAGGACACACCCCAGGCUAAGGGGGAGAGCAUUGAAGACAUUCUCGCAGAGUCGGACUCUGAGGAUUCUGAAGAUGAGAAGCCCAAGAAAGGACAGAAAAAGAAUGUCAGGCAGAAGGGCCAGGCCUGGCUGAAGGAGGGCGAGGGUGAUGAACCCCUCAACUUCCUGGACCCCAAAGUCUCCCAGAGAGUGCUGGCUACAAACCCAGAUUUGCAGAAAGUUCCCAAAAUCAAACAUGGCUUCAAAACGACCUCAGACGGACGCCUGAUCAUCCAGGAAGCGGAGGAGGAUGAUGGUGAUAAAAAGAAUGGUGGUGAUGGAGAAAUGGAGGAUAUUCUGGAGGAAGCCGGGGUCAAGACUAAAAAGACCCAGAAAAGGAUGUUUCGCAGUGGUGAUGUUGAUGAGGAAAUGGAACCACAGCUGAAGUAUAAAGCUGGUGGCUCCGGGAUCCACCGACCUUUAUCUGGGAAGGACAACUUUGGCAGGGAGUACAAAGCCAAGAAAGCUAAAGGCGACGUCACGAAGAAGGGCAAGUGUGACCCUUAUGCGUACAUCCCUCUGAAAAAGGCCCAGCUGAACCGCAGGAAACGGGCCAAGCUGCAGGGCCAAUUCAAAGGCAUAGUGCGAGGCGCCCAGAAGGGGGCGCGGUCUGGGCGGAGUCAGCUGAAGAAGAAGAAAAAGGCCUGACCUUUUUCUGGAUGCCGUGGACUGUGUUUGUGUGUGAGCUGCAGCAGUGUUAUGAAUGUCAAUAAAUGUUUUUGAAAGGG